GCGACCUUGGCCCGGAGGCUCUAGCAGGGACCCACCGGCGGCGUCGGCGGCGGCGCGGACUUUGCCCAGUCCGUCGGAAGUAGCGGACUGUGCGUCCGCGGGCGGGCCGCAGAAAUGUUGGCAUUCGCUACCAGGACCGUGCCCAGGCAAGUGGCUGCCUCUUGCUAGGUUCUGCUCACCCACUUGGUAGCACAGUUAGGCUUAGAGAUCCAGCCCAAGAGGCAGACAGACAGGGCUCAGAACCUCAGUCCUGCCAUGGAGAACGAGCAGCAGAAAGAGAAGGUGAAGCCCCUGGGCCUCCUCAAGCCCUCCUCCUUGAUGAAGGUUUCCAGUCGCUUUAAGGCACACCAGGACUCGCUCCCCCGGCUGCCCGUGCCCCCGCUCCAGCAGACCCUGGACCAUUAUCUCAAGGCACUGCAGCCCAUCGUGAGCGAGGAGGAAUGGACCCAAACCAAGCAGCUGGUGGAAGAGUUCCAGGUGGCAGGCGGCGUGGGGGAGCGCCUGCAGAAAGGGCUGGAGCGCAGGGCCAGGAAGAUGGAGAACUGGGGGCCUAUGGCCAGCAGUUUCCCAAGAGGAGUUCCCAAGAGGAGUGUGCUGUCCGACUGGUGGCUCAAAACAGCCUACCUCCAAUACCGCCAGCCCCUGGUCAUCUACUCCAGCCCUGGUGUGAUGCUGCCGAAGCAGGACUUUGUGGAUCGGCAGGGCCAGCUCCGGUUCGCUGCCAAAUUAAUUGAGGGCGUGUUGGAUUUCAAGACCAUGAUUGACAACGAGACCCUGCCCGUGGAGUACCUGGGGGGCAAGCCACUGUGCAUGAACCAGUACUAUCAGAUCCUGUCGUCCUGCCGCGUGCCGGGCCCCAAGCAGGAUUUGGUCACCAAGUUCAGCAGGACCAAGAAGCCGCCUAUGCACAUCACCGUGGUGCACAACUACCAAUUUUUUGAGUUGGAUGUGUACCACAGCGAUGGCACACCCCUGACCUCGGAUCAGAUCUUCACGCAGCUGGAGAAGAUCUGGAACUCGUCACUGCAAACCAACAAGGAGCCCGUGGGCAUCCUCACCUCCAACCACCGUAACUCCUGGGCCAAGGCCUACAGCACCCUCAUCAAAGACAAGGUGAACCGGGAGUCAGUGCUCUCCAUCCAGAGGAGCAUUUUCACUGUGUGCCUGGACGCACCCAUGCCUCGGGUCUCGGAAGACACCUACCGUAGCCAGGUGGCGGGCCAGAUGCUGCACGGGGGCGGCAGCAAGCUCAACAGCGGCAACCGCUGGUUCGACAAGACGCUGCAGUUCAUCGUGGCUGAAGACGGUGCCUGUGGGCUCGUCUACGAGCAUGCGGCAGCCGAGGGACCCCCCAUCGUCUCCCUUUUGGACCAUGUCAUGGAGUUCACGAAGAAGCCGGAACUUGUGCGGUCUCCCAUGGUUCCCCUGCCCAUGCCCAAGAAGCUGCGGUUCAACAUCACGCCCGAGAUCAAAAGCGACAUUGAGAAGGCCAAGCAGAAUCUCAGCAUCAUGAUCCAGGACCUGGACAUCACAGUGAUGGUGUUCCACCACUUUGGAAAGGACUUCCCCAAGUCAGAGAAGCUGAGCCCAGACGCCUUCAUCCAGAUGGCACUGCAGCUGGCCUACUACAGGAUCUACGGGCAGGCUUGCGCCACGUACGAAAGCGCCUCUCUGCGCAUGUUCCACCUGGGCCGGACCGACACCAUCCGCUCGGCCUCCGUGGCCUCGCUGACCUUCGUCAAGGCCAUGGAUGAUCCCAAUGUGACGGAGCACGAGAAGGUAGAGCUGCUGCGGAAGGCUGUGCAGGCCCACCGAGCCUACACCGACCGGGCCAUCCGUGGGGAGGCCUUCGACCGGCACCUGCUGGGCCUGAAGAUGCAGGCCAUCGAAGACCUAGUGAGCAUGCCCGACAUCUUCAUGGACACCUCCUACGCCAUCGCCAUGCACUUCAACCUCUCCACCAGCCAGGUCCCCGCCAAGACAGACUGUGUCAUGUUCUUUGGGCCCGUGGUGCCAGAUGGCUAUGGCGUCUGCUAUAACCCCAUGGAGACGCACAUCAACUUCUCCGUGUCAGCCUACAACAGCUGUGCCGACACCAACGCGGUCCACCUGGCGCACUAUCUGGAGAAGGCACUCCUGGACAUGCGGGCUCUGCUCCAGAGCCACCCCCGGGCCAAGCUCUGAGCCCGCUGCUUGGCCUGCCGGUGCCACAGCCACAGCACCUUGGGCCACGCCACCCACUCGGCUCCUCUUCUCUGCUCCCUCUCCCCCUGGGCCCCACAGAUAGGGACAGCCACCCUCAGCAGGGUCUGCAGACCCAAGCCGAGUGCCUUUCAUGGGCUUCACCAGCACCCAGGCUGAGUCCAGAAACUGAACAGGAGGUCGGCCCAGGCACCCACCUGGGUGCCUGGCCUCCUCCUGGGAAGGGGACUAGCCGAGCUUAGCCCGCGUGAGGGUGGAGACUGGAGAGGCCUUCCUCACUAGCUCAGCUCUGCCCAGUUUCUGUUGCCUGCGUGGCCAAGCUGAGGUCUGUAGCCUGAUUCCUCAACUCGCAAGGACCUAGAGACAGAAUUACCUGGAGCUGGGGUCUCCAGGCCUCCCCACAGCUGAGGGGUCAGGAAGUCAGGUGUGCUGGUGGCGGGGAAGCCCAUUCUGCAUCGCUGCACCAUCCCCCUGCUCUUCUGAGGAUGUGGCUCAGUCGCCCUCAGCUUGCUUGCUUUCACACGGCUUGAUUCCUGAACCAUGUCCUGGUUGUAUAACAACUUACAAGGCAGUUAAUAAAGGGGAAAUGUGUUAGUAAAGAGUUGUUUCAGCCGAGGAGGCAGGCAGGGUGGGGCAGGCACCUGGCUCUGCCCUCCCCUGGCUUUCCUUGCAUCUGGAAGCUGAUGUCCAGGCAGCCAGUGGGCCCAGGGCUGGCUCAGAUCUCAGGGCUCUGGGCCAGCACAGCAGCAGACCCAGGCCCACAUCCUUCAGAUACAGCCCUCCUACCUAUGACUUGGGCUUCAGGUAGGGACAGCUCUCCCAGGGGCCUGUGGGGCCUGGGGUCUGUGGUCUGGGCUCAAGGUUUCAUCUGCUGCCCAGCACUGAGCCCAGCAGGAGUGGUGGCUGAGCAGCUGUCUGACCCCAGCCCUUGCCACUGCCUGGGGCCACCCAGUCAGAACCUUAUAUGUGUCCCCAACCCCAGUCACCCGGCACAGGCCCCGUGUCCUGCCACAGUCAACUGGGCAGCUUAUGGAGAGCAGAGGAACUCUGGCCCUAGGGAAGACCCUGGCCCAAAGGAAGAUGCUGAGGGUGGGAGGGACUACCCAGCCUGGGGGUGAGGUGCUUCUUGGCCUGGCUAACCCGUGAUGUUCACUGAGGGAGGUUGUCUCCAUGUUUCAGAGGAUGGAGCAGACUCAGGGAGCCCAUGCCACAUGCCCAAAGCCCCAGGGAGCAAGGAGUGGAGCCCCGACCCCGUGGGGAGUGGGUGUCGCCCGAGGCCUGGCCACUCCCAGCUUGGCCUGCAGGGUGGGAUCUCAGCAGGGAAGGGAGGGUCCCCUUUAGGGACCUCAAGCAGGACCUGAAGAGGAUCCCAUCACAACAGCACAGAGGUCUUGCUCUGCAGCUGGGGAGCGGCUGGCCUCCGGCACCCCCAGGCUGGAUCUCAGGAAGCAGGGCCCACAGCAGGAGCUGAGUGCUUGCUGUGUGAGCCUCACUAAUGGGGAGAGGGGGGCUGGUGGCCCCAACCCAGCUGGGGGCAGUCAGGGAGGGGAGGCAGUGAUGAUGCAGGCUGAGGACACAGCAGGGACACACGUCCACGACUCCAGAAACUCAGGUUCUAAGAACUGCUUGGGUCUGACUACAAGGCAGGAUUUUCCCCCAAAAUGUGAGGUCCUUCAGAAGUGAGGUCAUCCCUUUGCAUUUGGGUUGUUACAGGUCUCAUAACGUGGAGGCUCCCUCAGUUCUGUAGAGCAGCAAAGUACUGCUUGAGGAAGACACAUUUACCUAAAACAGCCUUAAUCAGUACCCUGGUGGAACUUCCAGGGGGAGGGGGGAGUCAAAGAACCAGGAAGAUGUAAUCACUAUCCCUGGGGGUGUGGCCUGUGACACAGGCCUCUGGACACUUGAGGGGAGGUAAGUUGGGAGAUCACACGCUUCUACAGGAUCAACUUUUAAAUCCCAUCUGAAUGCUGUGCCAGUGUGUUUGGAAUAAAAUUUCCAAGUACAGCACCAUGUAUGAAAUACAGCAGGUCCUGCCGUAUCCCAAAUUGCUUGUCUAGCGGACCCAGGAGAAUUAGGUCAGCAGACUGAGGCUGCCCAGAAAUAGCCAGACCCUGCCCUGAUGCCAGUGAUGUGGAUGAAGAACUUUUUUUUCUUGGCAAAAUGAAUGAAGAAGAACUGUCAUAAGUUUAUAUAUUUUGUGUAAUACAUCAUUUGAAAUUUGAGAAUGUAAUAUAUAUAUAAUUAAUAAAAUCAUAAAGAAUACU